AUGGACAGCCACAACCUCUCUAUCCGUGUCAAGGAAUCCGAGGCCUCUGCCGACACCCAGAUCAUGCAGAACAAUUCCGAGCUCACUCCCGGCAACACUAACGCCAAGGAGAACGCGGCUCGUCUCACUCAAGGCGUCAUCCAAGUUCUCCAGCGCUCCGGUGCCGAUCCGAACUACAUACAGGCCUUCGCUGAGCAGCAGAAAGCUGUCAUCGCCCUGACGGAGGAGACGGUCAAGGAGGCGGACCAGAUGACUCUCGCUUCAAAGAACAUGCUCAAAUACGCCAACCACGUUGGCCCCGAGCUCGCCAUCGCUGCCGAGCAGUAUCAGUUCCUCUCUGAGGACUAUCGCGACAGCAAGAAGCAGAUGCAGGAAAUUGGUGGCCAGCAGGCCGAGGUCAUGAACAAGGUCGCGGGUUUGGAGGGUCGCCUUCAGGCUUUGGAAGGUCAGAUGAGCGAUAUCAUUCGCAAGGUCGCCAACUUGGAGAGCAUGGAGAAGCAGCAGAAGGAGUCGAAAGGUUCGAAGGAUGUCUAA